UUCAUAUCAAACAGGACGGCUUAUCGUCUUCACUCAAAAAAGCAUGUGGUUUUCGCGUUUAUAUCGGUUGUUGUGCAAUUGCUCUACACUCCGCCCUUUGUUGUGUGCUUUUUCCGUAGUCUUCGAAAAGUGGACAUACAAGCACUCUCUGGUCCGAACGAAUUCAACGAGUUCUAUAAUCGUUUGAAAAACAUAAAGGAUUUCUAUGCCAAAUAUCCUGGCGAGAUUGCAGUGCCCAUGUCUGCGGAUUUUGAAAAGUAUAAGGAAAUGCGUGAAAAGCCGGAGGAAGCUAGUGCAACACUAAUUGAGUUCACAGACGAAGAAGGUUAUGGCCGGUUCUUGGAUCUUCACGACGUGUACAAAAAAUACCUCAAUGUGAAAGGAAUGCCGCGCAUAGAUUAUCUAACCUACAUUUCGUUCUUCGAUCGUCUAUAUGAUAUUUCUCGCGAUAAGAAAGGAAUCGCUUACAAAACAUACUUGGAAGAUUUACUCAGUUACUUAGAGGAUUUCAUGUCUCGUGCAAGACCUCUGGUCGAUUUGGAAGUGGUAAGUAGGGAAACAAAGGAGGCAUUGGAAAAGUUCGACGCUCAGUGGUCCCAAGGCACGUUUAACGGCUGGGGACGCGAGGCAGCCUCAGCUCUCACUCACGGGGGUGCACAUUUAGAUCUCACCGCAUUCACGGCCUGGGAAGAGUUGGCUUCGCUCGGUUUGGAUCGUUUAAAAUCCGCUUUGCUCGCACUGGGUCUUAAAUGCGGCGGGACUUUGGAAGAACGUGCCCGACGUUUGUGGGCUACCAAAGGAAAAUCUCUGGAAGAACUACCUGCCGAUUUGUUUGUGACUAAACAGCGCUCUACAAAAGGAUUUGCAAAAACUGCAGUAGUGCGUCCUCUUUUGUGCCCCAGGCGGAACCUUACGCAGAGACUGGUGUGUGUAUGUUCGCAUGAACCACGCGAGAAUGUCAUGUUCAUUGUAUGUACCCAUGCACUCAAUUUAUUGGCUGUUGUCCGUGUUUUCAAGGGUUUCGGCAUCCAACUGGAAGUGUUGCGACGAGGGCCAACUAAGACGAAACGGGUCUGUCAUUCACGGUGGUUAACAUCCUUGUUUACUUUGAAGACUAAAUUACCGGAUUCUCUUUUGUGA